ACUCAUUGUCCUCUGUGAAGUCUUGGCUGUUCGCCUGCCAUUGUGUUGUACGUCCUCCUUGCUGACGGUCGCCUCUUCAGAAAUCUUUCGGAUUUCAAGUUCAGCCGUCUAUAUCAAGUUGCUGUAGUUUUUCUUCGCUUUUGUCCUAGUCUGAAAAACUACCAGCCAAAAUGUUUGAAGCACGUUUGGUUCAGAGUGUGAUCCUCAAGAAAGUUCUUGAUGCCAUCAAGGACCUUCUCAAUGAGGCUACUUUUGAUUGCUCGGACUCGGGUAUCAAACUUCAGGCUAUGGACAACUCUCACGUCAGCUUGGUUUCACUCAGCCUGCGGGCUGAUGGUUUUGACAAAUACCGAUGUGACCGCAACCUCUCAAUGGGCAUGAACUUGGCCAGCAUGACCAAAAUUAUGAAGUGCGCUGGUGCGGAAGAUGUUCUUACCAUGAAAGCGCAAGACAACGCUGACACCGUGACAUUCAUGUUUGAAUCCCAAAACCAAGAGAAAGUAUCAGACUAUGAAAUGAAAUUGAUGAACCUGGAUCAAGAACACCUUGGCAUUCCAGAUACUGACUAUUCAUGUGUUGUUAAAAUGCCAUCUGGUGAAUUUGCCCGAAUCUGCAGAGAUCUUAGUCAGUUUGGAGAAUCUGUUGUGAUUGCAUGCUCUAAGGAAGGUGUCAAGUUCUCUGCUGUUGGAGACAUUGGAUCAGCCAACAUCAAAUUGGCUCAGACUGCAAAUGUGGACAAGGAGGAGGAAGCUGUUACCAUCGAAAUGCAGGAGCCUGUAACUUUAACUUUUGCCUGCAGAUACCUUAAUUCAUUUACCAAAGCCACGCCUCUUUCUGGCCAGGUUCAGCUUUCAAUGUCAGCAGAUGUUCCAUUAGUGGUAGAAUACAAGAUAGGUGAAGUUGGACACAUUAGAUAUUAUCUUGCCCCCAAGAUUGAAGAUGAAGAAAGCCACUGAUUUUUUAAAAACAUGUAUGUAUUGUAAUUUUCAACCAUUUCUCAGUCAUUACUGUCUGUCAUUCUCAUUCAACACCCAUGCCUA